AUGAAUGAUAAGGUUAACAAGUUUUGUGGGGCUUAUGAAGCAGCAACAAGAAACAGAACCAGUGGUAUGAACGAGGAUGAUGUGCUCAAAAUGGCCCACGAUAUCUUCUUGAACAACCAUCAAAAGAAGUUCACCUUUGAGCAUGCGUGGAAGGAGCUUCGCGAUGACCAGAAGUGGUGUCUACUCUCAGUAAAUGAAAGCAGCUCGAAAAGGAGGAAAUUCGACAAUGGUUCACAUUCAGAAAGCUCUCACGCAGCUACAAAUGAAACAAAUGCUUCUGUAGAUGCUGAAGGAACACCUCGUCCUCCUGGUGUUAAGGCAGCAAAAGCACAGAAGUGGAAGAAGGUGGGUGAGGAAAAAGAGGUCGCUGGCUUCAACAAUAUGUGGAGCAUCAAGAAGGAGGAUUUGGCAAUGAAGACAGAGAUCACGAAGAUGAGGCUACGUGAGAGUCUUGUUAAUAAACAAGUACCACUUGAUGAAUACGAAGAAGUUCUCAAGAAAAAACUCAUAAAAGAGUUGAUGUAA